GGAUUUCGACGAUCGGCCGACCAACCGCUCCUCUCGUGGAGACACUCAGUCGUUUCGAGGCAGCCGAGUUGACCGGGCGUCUUUGCCGAAGAACCGCGUCGGUUCGUGCUGAGUGUCUCUCUCUUUUUCUCUCUCUUUUUCUCGCGCCGAUCCGUCCCUUUCUAUUGUCGACCACCCUAUUUCGGAUAGACACCCGGCAACAAAAGGACCAUGGGUACCAUGAUCUUGAAGGCUGCGAUACUGCUGGCGGUGUUUCAGGCUGCCAUGUGCGACGACACCAGCAACAAAAACGCCGGCUCGAGCAGCCAUGUCGCACCGGAUCCAAACACAUUCUUCCCUGCAGCCAAAGACAAUCUCACCAAGAUUGUCUGGGCGCACGCCGUCAAUGACCAGAAGAAAUUGAACGAGGCACUUGCGAAAGAGUACAUCAUGAUGUUGGAAGCCGACGUCGUUGUGGGAAAACUAAAUGGUACCACCGAUUUGAUUCCGAUAAUGGCGCAUCCACCACAUAAUGUGAGUGAUCUCUCGCUCGAGAAUUUCCUCGACACCAUCAUUCGUGGGCAAUACAAAAAUAAGGGCAUCAAGCUGGACUUUAAGACUACUGAAGCGUUCAACCUUAGCAAACCCAUUCUCGAAAAACUACGAAAAAGCCUGACAUUCCCGGUAUUUCUCAAUGCGGACAUUAUUCCCGGACCUGUGAACGCUACUAAUAUUACGGUUAAUGCGGAAGAAUUUCUGAAAGGAGCUAACAAAACCCUACCAGAGAGCAUCCUCUCCGUCGGCUGGACAACCAGAUACGGAAAGGAGUUCAACCUUACCAAGGGUCAAUACAACGAAACGCAUAUUCAAAAGAUGAUCAAAGCCCUGAAGGAGAAUCACGUUUCCCAAUCGGUAACUUAUCCCGUACGAGCUGGCCUUGUAGUAAACAAUGUCGAUAUCAUAAAGAAAUUAUUGCGUGAGGCGCCAAAAACCAUCAAAUCCGCAACACUAACAAUCUGGUCGGCGGAUAACGAUGAGGUCGACGCCGCGAAGCUCUCGAAAUUCAUCAAAGAAGUGGGAGUCGAAAAGGUCUACGUGGACGUACCGGAAGAUCUGCACAAAAAGCUCAAGCUUUCGGCCGCGUCUGCGAUGAAUUCCGCGAUAAUAAAUAUGGGCUUCUCGAUGGCGCUCCUGGUCCUCCUGAGGAUGCUGUGAAGUCCAAACGUAGACGUCUAAUGUAGGACUGGCGAGAUUCGAGCAGGAAGAGAGAAGGUCCCAAUCUUCUUCCGUCUCUCGAUAAAAAAACGAAAGUACGAGCAAAUGGCAAAAUCCGAUAACGAUCGCGUGUCGUGAAUUUGGUUGGAUUACCAUCGCGAUCGUUCGUCGGGACUUUGUCCGAUCUUCAUUGUGGCUAUACUUCCUAUAAAACGUACCUCUGAAGAUAUUCGAUUCGACGCAGCAAACAAUUUCCAUAAUAUAGAAAAUAUUCUCCACGUGGAAUUUCAAUUUACCGAUACAAUUUGUACUUAAAAUCGGAUUAUUCAAAUGUUAAAGAAAGAUUCCGUUGAAAUAGUUCAUUCUUUUAUAAUAGAUUUGACGCAGUAUAAGUCAUAAGAGGCAUAUAGAUAGACGCGUUUCGAUUAAUCUUAUAUCGAGAGUAACUUUAACACAGUUAAAAAAUUCAUUGUAAUGCUAUAUACCUACUGUUAAUUGAUGUCGAAAAAGUUUCUGAAAUAUUGAAUUACGCUUUGUUAAAAAAACACACAUUUAUACACGCUGCGAUUAUGAUCGCACAUUUAAAAGAAUCGUUGUAUAAAGAAUAACAAGUAUAAAAAUCGCAUAUGAAAAAUGCGCACAUAUUUAAUAAUAUAAUGAAUUUCUUUCGUCUAUUUUUCUCAGAGUGUUAUGCAGAGAAAACAUUUUAUGUGUAACUUUAUAUUUAAUUGUAAGUGCUAUUAUACUUGUAUCGUACUUGCCGCGCACAUUCAUCGUGUUUAAUGUCCCUUCGCAAAUUAUUCACUGUAUUAUUCUCUACACCUGCGUUCAACAUAUCUGAUCUAGGUGUAGCAAAAGAUGAUAUUUAGUCUCUACGUAAGUACAUAUCUAAGCCAAAGGGUUAAAAAUGCAGUAUACGAUGCAAGUGCAUUGCGUUUGAUAACGAGUCAAUAAAAAUAAUACGUAAAAUUAUA